GAGAAUUUCGCGAUACCACAACAAAACAAGAGAAAUGUGCAAUGGCGUGACCGGCUAACUGUGCCCAGAAGUAUUCCCAAAGGAACGAUGGUGGCUGACAACAAAACUCGCAGCACCGACGUGGACAGGGGUACUGUGGAGGUGUUGAUGAGUGGGAAGAUGACGAGCACGUCGAUGGAACAGAUUGACCCUUCAGACUGGACGGACCUUGGCGAGGACGAAGGGGAAGAUCUGGUGCUUCAGUUCAAGCGGCUGGAGGAGGCGUUUUCUAGUGUGAGGAGCUCUCAACAUGCAGUGGUUACACAGGCUCUUCGGCAUCCCAAGCACCCCCGGAUGUUGGACACGGCGGCUCUGAUAGAGAGACUGGAGAAACUACCUCAGAGAAGUCGCCACGGCUCAAAGGACGCCCUGGACGAGCGACAUGGGCACAUGGGACUCAG